GUAGCCAUCAUGUUUCACCUCCUCUGAACCAGAACUGCGCAGCUGAGAUUAAAACCAGACUCAUUUCCACCAUAGGCUCGAUUCUUCUCUCACAGACAAAAAAGCAGUCUCAGGAAAGAUGUCUGUCUCCAUGACCAAAGGCGAGGGGGUCACUGUGUUCACUAUGACCGUUGACCCCAAAAGUUCCUGUCCUCCUCUGUGCCAAAUCAUCAAGUCCCUCUGCUACAGCCCAGUGUGGUGCACUGUGUCCCAGCAGCUGAGGACAGUUCAGAGAAUGUCUCAGUCAGUACUCGGGGCUCUGCACAUUAUGACUGGUUUUCUCCACAUUGGACUCGGUGUGAUUCUCCUGAACCGUGGAAGUGGCCCUAGAUGGGUAAUGGACGACACCUUGUUUCCUGUUUGGAUGGGAGUACUGUUUAUUUUAUUCGGUGUGAUGUGCAUCCUCUCGGAGAAGUUCCCCAGUCAGUGUCUGGUCAGCAUCAAUGUGAUUCUGAACAUGACGGGAGUUGCUUUCGCCUUAACAGCCAUCGUACUCUACAGCAUCAACAUGGCAGGCGUGAACAUGUGGUGGAUGUGUCGCGAUGACAAUUAUAGAUCCAGUUACGACGAUCAAAUCAUCAAUACGUCUACCGAGGAGAGCGUCAGCCUUUUGAAUCGCCUCAUCCGGGAGAAGGGCAGAGUCCUGGAGAGCUGCAUCAAUGCCAAAUAUCUGACCCUGAUGCUCCUAAGAGGAAUCAAUGGCGUGUUGAUCGUCCUGUCGGUCCUGGAGCUCUGCGUCACCAUCAGCUCUGUGGUCAUGGGGAUCAAAGCUCUGAAGAGCAGGGACAAGAGAGAGAAUGAGAAAACAGGCGACCUGGAGCAGCACCAACCUCUUCUGGAGGAAAUCACCAAGUAACACUAAAGCCUGAAGAUCACGGCAUUGUACAAUCCGGUACAAGAAAGUGUACGAGUUUGCUUUUGUGUCAUUGUGUGUUCUGUAACAUCAAAUGAUUUAACUCAGCUAAACCACUUUUUUUACAAGAUUUCGUUACAAUAUAUUUGCACUAGCUCUGCUGAGUAGUUUUGAUUAUAAUCUAAACUGUAAAUGCUGCUUUCCAUUUAUUAAAACAAAUUUGAUUUAGAUUUUUAGUUACACAUGUUUUGUGUUUCAGUUGGUUGGAGAAGGGAGAUUCAUGCAUGCAUGUGUCUGCAUGUGAUGGAAAGGUCAGGCAGAUAUACACAGUGUGUCCCACGUGUUAGAAAGUCCUUCCUGUGUCUCACUCUUCAGCGUACACUCUUGAAAGAAGGAAUAAAUCUCCUGUAAAGCAAAACUGAUUCUUUACUCUUCACUGUCAGUAGAUUUCUCAAGAAUGCAUUAUUCACAAUUGUUUUGAGUAAAAUAAAGAUUACUUCCUCCUCCUA